AUGAAGUGCAAAAAAUUUAAUGGUGCAAAAAAAAAAAGCAGAGACAACUUUAAGUGUUGGUGAAAACUUGAAUCCGUUUUACCUUCCAGAUUUUGUUGAACGGCUCUUCAUUUUAGCUAAGGAAUUUCCACUCUGGACUGCUGCGAUCAUUUCGAUUCUCAUUCCACGCCCGAUUCCACACCAUGCCUCCUCUAGCUAUGUCGAAGGACAUUUUGGUGAUUUGAAGACAAGAGUGCUCAAAAACACACCACCACCACUACGAGCAGAUAAAUUUCUGAAAAUACACAUUCGCGAUAUUUCUGGUCAAACAUUACUGUUUGCCUCUAAUAUGAUCAUGUUCGAUCGAAAAAAUCACGCGUUAAAAGAAACAGGAAAGAACAUUCAUGAGCUUGAAGUGAAAACAACAGAGGAUGCAACUGUAGAAAAAGAAGAAUGCAUCGAACAAAAUAUUUCGAAUCGCAGUGCAGCAGAUUUGAUUUCUGUAGAAAACUGGAGAAAUAAAGCAUCGCAUGGGAAAAAAUAUAUAUAUAAUUUAACGGACGACUCGUUUACUGAUAUUUGUGAGCCAAUACUAUCCUCAUCUCACAAUGUCAAUAACAGUGACUUGCCUGUUGCAAGUUCUAUUUUGGCAUCAAAUACGCUCAAUAAUUCGAUCGAUCAUGAUUACUGCAAACAGGAUUCAAUAACAGUGGUCCAGGACAAAAAAGGAAUUAAAAAAGUUCAAUCUCACCUAUCCGAGAAAGUGGAGAAUUCGAUGGCAAGUCCUAUUUUGGCAUCAAAUAUGCUCAAUACUUCGAUCGAUCAUGAUUAUUGCAAACAAGAUUCAAUAAGAGUGAUUCUGGAAGGAGAAGGAAUUAAAGAAGUUCAAUUUCUCCCAUCCGAGACAGUAAAGAAUUCGAUCGCAGGCAGGUCUAGUCCUCUUCCUGAAACAUUUUUCAAUACCAAAACAGUCACAGAUGUUUGCACUUUUCCGACUGAAGAAAUUGUACAUGGAUAUCAUGGGAAAAAUGAAAUAAAAAAAAAGAAGUCUAAAUAUUACGAACCGUACCCGGAUAUCCGUCAGCGUAAUAUUCUUACUGCAAGUACAAGUAAACCUGUGCUCUUACCGAAUGGUAGUAUCUGCGAUCAACCGAUUAAAGUGGAUGGUCUUAAGGUUUUUGUAAAAGCCACGUGUCCAUUUGAUUCGCUCGUACACAUCUUGAUGACCGCUGCUCUAGACAGUUCUGAAUAUGCCAGUAUCCUGGAAAAAUCAAAUAACAAAACCUUGAGAUUUGUUCAUGAACAAUGGAGUCACAAAAGAGGUCUUACGUCAAAGAGCAGAACUUCUAAAACAUUUAGGAUACACCUGUUCACCCGGACCAUGUACAUCGGAAAGAGUUUUCUCAUAUUUCUUGGAUGCUUGGGACAGCAUUGCAAAUGUUGUAAAGAAGACUCUCGAAUCAUUUCCAAGUGUAUACGUCACUGAAAAAUGUACUAAAUGUACUGGCACGUCAUAUGUGAAGCCUUACCUGAGCCCUAACCACAGAAAGAUUGAAAAAGACGGGUUUGAAAAAUUGGAAUCCGCUGUUAACUUUCAACCCAUUGUGUGCAAUAUGCAAUGCCGAAAAUGUGGAUCAGAAUCAACGACUUAUACGAAGGCGAAUGUCCAUGUUUUCAUCGAUCUCGACAUACGUUCUUAUUGUGACAAAUCAGGCAUGACUCAGACUGGAAUGACUUGCAAACUGACGCAAUUGCCAACUUCUAUCAGUCUGCCAAUAAACAACGAAUUACGAUUACUGUACAGAUUGGUUGGAGUUACGACCUUCCGUAAUGCUCACUUCGUAGCGCACUGUCGCCGAUCGACUGGAACGUGGCAAAUAUUCAACGAUAUGACUUUUAAAAUUGGCAAGAGUCCACUGGCCACGAGUGUCGAAC